UCAAAGAUGGCAACACUUGUUGUCUUGGAUUUGCGGAAAUAUUUUUAUUGAGAGGAGUUCCUGAUCCGAGUUUGUUUCAAAGCGAAGGGAAAUUUUUGAACGAAGAUAUCACCACGGAGGAAGUUUUUUGAACGAAGAUAUCACCACUAAUCACGUCCUUCUGGCUACGUGUCUAUCCCAAAAAAUGCGAUCCUUAGACACGUUACUACUCCAAUCAGAUUGACACUUAAAUUUCGCGACGAAUUAACAUGGAUCUAAACAAAGUCAGCACUUAUUCAGCUGCGGUAUUUGAUCGCAUUAAAACUGUGGCAAAGAAUGCUACUGUUACAGCUGUUUCUGCCACUGUCAAUGCAGUCGGCGCUGUUGGUUCGUUGAUAGGAAAUCCCCUGACCAAAGACUUUGAUGUUGGCAAACAUGUGGCAAGCUUCGGACCGAAUUUGGCGUGGAAAAUUUACGAAGGAAAAAAGAGGACAACUGGCCAAGAGGUCUCUCUGGUUGUUUUUGAGAAAAGGCUGCUGGAUAAAGUGGAUAAAAGAGAAAGGGACUUUGUAAUGGAAACAAUGAAGAAAGGACCAGUACAACUUACAAGACUGCGACAUCCACGGCUGUUGGUUGUCCAGCAUCCUUUAGAAGAGUCCAAGGAUUGCUUAGCCUUUGCAACUGAGCCAAUCUUUGCAAGUCUGGCAAAUUUACUUGGAAAACAUGAGAACAUGCCAUCUCCACCUCCACACGAUUUUAAGACCUUUGAACUUUACGAUGUUGAAAGAGUUUAUGGAUUGUUUCAGCUUGUGGAAGGAUUGACUUUCCUUCAUAAUGAUGCUAAAAUUCUACAAGCAAGUCUUGCUCCUGAAUUGAUAGUUGUUACCAAGAAUGGGCAAUGGAAAAUAGCUGGACUCUUUUUUAGUUCCACACCAGUUGUGAUUGAUGGACAGUCCACUUACAAUGCUGGCCAGUGGGAGGCACGUCUUUGGCCAUGGGCUCAACCUGAUCUUAAUUACGCUGCACCAGAGUACAUCUUGUCCAGAUCGUGUGACCUGUCAAGUGACAUGUUCUCACUGGGAGUUCUUAUCUACUCUAUAUACAACAAAGGGAAGCCUCCCUUUGACUGUGAUAACAACAUGGCAGCUUUCAAAAGAAAUGUGGAGCAGAUGUCAAGGAACAACUCCACACCUCUUGGUUCUGUUCCGAAAGAGUUACAAGAGCAUGUUAGAAGUUUACUGAGCAUCACUGGUACAGUCCGCCCAGAUGUUCACAUGAUGUGUAAGAUUUCAUUCUUCGAAAAUGUUGCAGCUAUGACAUUACAGUACCUAGACUCUUUAGUGCAGCGUGACGACAUGGCAAAGUCACAGUUCUUCAGGGGACUUUAUAAAGUCAUGUCAAAGCUACCAAAGCGUGUUGUUAUACAAAGAGUUUUGCCACAGUUAUGCUCAGAGUUUAGUAAUCAUCAGAUGGUUCCAUUUGCUCUGCCUAAUGUGCUGCUGAUCGCCGAAGAUUGCACCUCUCAAGAAUAUGUAGAUCUGAUUCUCCCAGAGUUAAAACCUGUUUUCAAGAUACAGGAGCCUGUUCAGGUUGUCAUCAUAUUUCUCAAGAAAAUGGACAUACUCUUGGCAAAAACACCCAAGGAUGAUGUUAGAGAUCACGUGCUUCCCAUGGUCUGUAAGGCUCUUGAAGCUCCCGCAGAACAACUACAGGAAAUGGUUCUAAGCAUCAUUCCUUCAUUUUCAAACAUGAUUGAGUACUCCGCCAUGAAAAACUCCAUCAUUCCACGCAUCAAGAACCUCAUUCUGAAGACUACAUCUUUGAGUAUUCGAGUGAACGGGCUUGUGUGCUUGGGUAAGAUGUUGGAGCAUUUAGAUAAAUACGCUGUCCUGGAUGACAUACUGCCGCUGAUGAACCAGAUUCCUUCCAGAGAACCACCCACACUGAUGGCCAUCUUGGGAAUCUUCAACCAAACCAUGCUUCAUAAGAAGCUUGGUAUGGACAAGGAUUACUUGGCGACAAAAGCUAUUCCGUUUCUCUUCCCCUUAGCAGUGGAGCCGGGACUCAAUCUCUUACAGUUUGGCCAGUACAUGAAACUCAUCAACGAAAUGGUGAAACGCGUUGAAACUGAACACCGCACAAAACUGGAACAGCUUAACAAGAUGCAAGAACAGACGAAAUCGUCUUUGAAGUUCGUUGAGGAGGUGCAGGAAGCUAAGCAAAUGGAUGAUUUGAUGGGCAGAAUAGACAAACUCAUGGGUGGUAAGACUGAGGCUGAACAAGCAGUCAAAGAGUUAAAAGGCGGCGGCGGCGGCGGUGAUUCUUCGUCAUCAUCAUCAUCAUCAUCAUCAUCAUCCACUUCUAUGGGGGCAACUAGUUCCGCCGAAUUCAACAAAAUGUUUGGUUUGCCGGAAAAUCCUCCUUCGUCAAAAGGCGCAUCUCUGAGCGGAAACCUACAGGGCGUGGACGAGUUCUCCAUGCUGCAACCUUCGAAGAAGAACCGUGAUGGAUCAACAAACCCAACGACACAACAAAAGUCUGCAUCGUCGAAGAAAAACUUGACGUCAAGCUCCUCAUAUCCUGCUACCUCUCGGCCCUCUCAAUCUGUGGCCCCUUCAUCCUUGUCGCAACUUUCUGGUACCUCAGGGUUCAGUCCCUCAAUGGGAAUGUCCACAGCCUCAUACGGUAUGUCAGGGCCUCAUACUGGUAAUACCGGAAUGGGUUCUGGAAUGGCCAGUUAUACAGGAAUGUCUAGUAUGAACUCUGGUAUGACCGGACUAUCAAGUCUAAACACGUCCAUGACGGGCUCUUUCGGGAUGAAUCCCGCGAGUUCCUCGCCACGUUAUUCUUCCGCGGGAAGCGCGGCGGGAAAUCAAGCAAACAACACGAGUGGAUCUUCUGCAUUGGAUUCGUUAUUUGCUCCUGAAUUAGAACAUUUACAGAAUAAGGGUAAACCCUCGAUGAACGCCUUGCAAUCACAGCAAGUCGGUAUGCCGGCUGCUGUGAAUCCAGGUGUAAGAGGAGUAAGACCUAUGACACCACAACAGUAUGGCGGAGGUAUGAUGACGUCCUCGUCCGGGAUGUUUCCGAUGCAACAGCAAUCGAUGAUGGGUGGAAUGGGGAACCAGCAGUAUCAGUGCCAGACCCCAAGGAAUCAAACCCCUAUGAACAACAGCAAUGACUUGCAAGAUCUGUUUGGUUAACAAAGUGCGAUAGCCUUGUGUUUGCAAUGGGUAGUCCCCCCCCCCCCUUAUUUACCCCAUUUAACUUAAACUUCAGAAAGAAGACAGAUAAAUAUUAUUGUACUUCUGAUAGAGUUCUUCUCCUAUUUCAAGCUGCUUUAUUUACAAAAGAUUUAGAUAACUCCUCCACCCCCCCCCCUACAGAAUGAUUUUCAAGGAACUCUAAAUUAAAGCUCGCUGACUGUACAGGGCUAUUAUUAGAUUGGUGAUCAAAAAGAUAUAUCCCAUACGGUUGGUUAGCACGUUAUGCAUGUACUCUCCGAGUGAGAUCAAACUAAAAUCCUCUACCUGAUAAUUUUGUCUUCCUUCAAGAUAACACUCUCGACCUGUUCAGUGUGUUGACACUCAUAACCUGGUUGGCAGAUAAUGUGUGAUACUGGAAGUUAAAUGAUUAAUCCAAGGGUGAAAUGUUUAAUAGCAUGUGCAUUACUUGUUGUCUUAUCAGUGGUUCAACAACUUAAAAUACAUAAAAUACACUGAUGUUAGAGACAUUACGUUUCGGUUAACUUUGGCAAAUGUUUCGUUACCGACUAUUUAAAAGCUACAUUUUUCUUGGUAAGAUGUAAUUUGAACAUAAAUCGUUAAUGUUUCAUAUUUACUCGUGAGGUAGAUUGUGGACAAGAUACAGAAUAAAACAAGAUGGACAUGCGAUUAUUGUG